UAUGAUAUUUCGGUAUAGUCAAUUUUCCACCAAUAAGAUACAGUUAACCCCUUUAACUAAUUAUGACUUAUACUUGUCUAAGAUUAGAUCUCUAUGCCUCGGUGUUGAAAUUAGUAUGAUGACUAUCAUGCUGUCGUAUACGGUGACAUAGGGAGUAUGGAUAGCAGAUUACGUACUUAGGGGGAGAAUGGCAGAGCUGAAUAACUGGUUCAGCUCAUGGUCUAGCCAUAUACUUAUGUAAAUUCCGACCCAAGGGCCGAUUUCCUAGCUUGGUGCACGGAAAUGUUCUCUUCCUAGGUAAUUGUCGCGUGGGGGAAUUCGAAAGUGUAACUAUCCUGGGAAUAUCUUCCAUGCCCAGACCGCCAGCGUUCCCUUGACCAGCAUCUCCGCAUCCCCAACCUGCAGCCGUCUAGAUCUUCCCAGGUAUCUGGGACCACAACAUCAUAAAAGGAACGCAGCGGUCGUAUUUUUGUGUCCACCCCUGCUUGGAGAUUGAUAGCUCUUUGUCUUUUAUAUUUGGCUUAUCCCCGUGGACUUAGGGAGUGUCAACCUAGCUCUCAGUUGUCUCUUUAUUAACCAUAAGUACGCGUUGAGAAUCGACAACUGGAAGUCAACAUGGCAGACGAUAAACAAAGCCCAGCUCCAGCUACGGCUGUUGGCACCGCCGAUGUCAUCACGCCUGUACAAGAGACUACCGAUCGACCACAGCCUGUUAACACACAAGCAGACAAGGCUGCCAAGUUCAUCGCCGAACAUGGCGAGGUUACGUUCGAUUAUGAAGAGGAGAAGAGGGUGCUGAAGCGUGUGGACAUGCGUAUUCUGCCUCUGAUCCUAGGCGCCUACUUCUUCCAGCAGCUCGACAAGUCCGCCCUCUCGUAUGUCUCCAUCUUCGGCAUCAUGGAGGACGCGAAUCUCAAGUCUCUGGAAUACUCUUGGCUCGGAUCCAUUCUAUACAUCGCACAACUCAUCUUCCAGCCUCUGGCUGCUUUCCUGCUCGUAAAACUGCCUACCGGAAAAGUCAUUGGAGUAGCUAUUAUCUGCUGGGGUACUUGCGCAGCAGUUAUGGCCGCCUGCACUGACUUCAAAUCUCUCCUCGCCCUCCGUUUCUUCCUCGGCUCCUUCGAAGCUAUGAUCGCUCCGUCAUGCCUGGCAGUAACACAGAUGUGGUGGCGACGAUCCGAACAAACCCUCCGAGCUUCGUACUGGACUUCCAUGAACGGUGUAACAUUCAUCGUCGGCAGCUUAGUGACAUAUGGCCUCGGGCACAUCGUAUCUACCAAGAUCUACCGAUACCAGACCAUCUUCAUCUUCUGCGGCUGCCUCACGGUUAUCUUCGGCGUAAUCUUCAUCAUCUUCAUGCCUGACUCCCCCAUGGAGGCCAAGUACUUGAACGAGCGUGAGCGUAUUAUCGCAGUAGAACGUCUCCGGGCCAACCAGAUGGGUGUCGCGAGUCGGCAGUGGAAGUGGGAUCACAUCAAGGAGACGCUCACGGAUAUCAAGACUCUGCUGUGGUUUAUCCUCAUUGUCGCGAUCUCAAUCCCUAGUGGUGGCAUCAGCGCCUUCGGCAACCUGAUUAUCAAGGACUUCGGUUACAGCAACUUCAACGCUAUUCUGUUCAGCAUGCCGACGGGCGCCGUUCAGGUCUUCAUGAUUGUGGGCUCCGCUUGGCUCGCUACUCGGCUUGGCCGCAAGGGAGUGGUUCUUACUGGCGUUGCCUGCUUCCCUACCGUGGGCACUAUCAUCAUGCUUACUGUUCCCCGCACCGAUGGUGGCAACAAAGGAGUUCUCUUGUUGGGUUACUAUCUAGUGCAGUGCUUUGCUGCGAUCACUCCGAUGAUCUUUGCUUGGUCAGCACAGAACACUGGAGGUGACACCAAGAAGAAGACGAGCUCAGCUGUUAUGUUCAUGGGAAUGUGCACUGGAAACAUUAUCGGCCCUCUAUUAUACAACACUAAGGAUGCACCAAUGUAUCGACCUGGUCUCAUUGCCAAUUUGAUCAUGUUCGUCCUUGUCGGCGCUCUUGGACUACUUAUCCCCAUGUACCUCCUAUUACUCAACAACAAGCACUCCAAGAGACGAGUGGAGCUCGGCAAGCAAGCCGUCAUUAUCGACGAGUCCAUGAUGAAGAGGACGGGGAUGGAAGACAGCAAGACCAUUGAGCUAGAGCAGAACGAGCAUGCACAAAGGAGCGUCGAGGAUGACAAUGGUCUAAACGAUCUUCCAGAUCUGCAGAACGAGGACUUCAUCUACGUGUACUAGAGUGACUAGUACCUAGGUAACCCUUAGAUACCAGAUGAUAAAUGUAAAUAUGUGUUCUUAGCAUUGUUGUAUUUUUUCUUUUUACGUUAGCUACUUGUAAAUUCAUUAUACCAAGUUAACAAAGACACUCCUACAUCAUAGCGCCCACUGGCUCGGCCCGUCUUUGUUCAUGGUAACAAGGAAUAUAGAAGCCACUUUUAGCGAGAUCGUGGUAUAUUUAGGGGGGAAACGCCGAAAGGACGUUUGAUGCUUUUGUCCAAGAUGAUAAUCUCAUUGUGGUCACGACAAACACCACUUUUACUUGAAACCAGGUGAUGCGUAUCGAAACAAAGGUGUCAAGAUUGAAUAAGAGGAUCUCAGAUAUCAAGCACUUUGAACUUUUUGG